AUGUCCCCCCUGCAGCAUCCCCGGCAAUGUCCUCCGGCCGAUGCCGGCAUCUGUCUUCCGUUGUUCUGUUCCCUGCUACGUCUGGACGUAUGGGGACUGAACUGGUGGGAAAUUUCAAAAUGUCAAAAAUAAAACAUUACUGUAUCAAACCAUUUCACAUACAUUUUGUCCCGAGUGCUUUGUCCUGUGCCCUGCCUGCAUUUUUAUUGUUCUUUCUGCCUGGAAACUGAGAAGUCCAUGGCGUCCAAAAAGCGUCCCUUUAGGUCAAAAGUGGUUUUAGACUGGCUAGAGAACAGCGAUAGUAAAUUAGAACUACUUGCAGAAUUGA